CCUGCAAAGGUUUUCGCAUGGGACAUAACCCAAUGCGUAUAGACUUUACUGCUUAUGAUAGACAAAAUUACCAUCAUUGUAUAUCGAAUAUUGUGACCGUUUUGGAUGGAUAAGCGUCCACUGCAGACCAUCCCGGGCAGCUCUCCCCGGGUGUAACUUCUGAUCAUUCUCGCCGAUUGUGCGUGCGAUCGGGCUCGUUGCCUCUGUUACGGUGUCUGGUUUUUGUGCGUGUUAAGCGAUAACCCAUAUUGCCUAAGUGAAGUGUGCAAGCCGCCAGGGCGGCAUUCCCAACGUCGCGAUGACGGACGCCGGUUUUUUCAGGGGAACGAGCGCUGAGCAGGAUAAUCGCUUCGCUGAUAAGCAGAAGAAGCUGUUGAAGUCUCUGAAGUUCCAUGAAGCGUUGGCGACGAAGGUCGACAUGAACCGGGUACAACUUGAUUCUUUAAAACCUUGGAUCUCCGAAAAGAUCACCCAGCUUCUUGGCAUCGAGGACGAGGUCGUAAUCGAGUUCGUCUUCAAUCAGCUUGAGGCAAACAGAUACCCAGACCCGAAAAUCAUGCAGAUCAACAUGACGGGCUUCCUGCACGGCAAGAACGCACGAGAAUUCAUGGGCGAACUUUGGAGUAGGCUCGCGGCCGCGCAAGCCAGUAAGGGCGGGGUUCACCCGGACUUGUUGGAUAAGAAGAAAGAGGAGAUUCGCAUCAAACUUGCGGCCGAGGAACGCGAAAGAGAGAGAGGGCUCGCCGAAGGGAAACUGUCCAACCAAGCGUUGGCGAAGUCUUCGACGGGUGCCAGCGCCGGCAAGCGAAGCCGGAGUCGCAGCCGGAGUCGCAGCCGCUCGUGGGCUCGUACCCAUUCGCGUUCGCCCCCGCGUAACAAUUCCGCGACGAACCGCGACACGUCAAGUCCAAGUCGCGACCGAAGUCGUGACCGCGACCGUGAGCGCCACCAUCGGCAUCACAGUCCGCAGCAACAGCAGGCGGGGGACUCGAAUCGAGACCCCCAGAGCAAAGAUUCACGCAGAAGGUCUCGGUCGGAUUCACCGGGUAGCGGUGGGAAAAGCGAACGGGUAAGCCCUCAUCAGCGGCCAGCGGAUUCGGUGCAGAACAAACGGAGCUAUCGCGGACAGCGUGACGACUCGAGCUCACCCAGGAGGACGUCCGACAAACAGCAGGAUAGUCGGAGGAGCCCGAAAAGGAGGGAACGCGAUCGAGAUCGCGAACGUGACCGGGAUCACCAUGGGACACGAGGCAACAGUCCGAGACAGCGCGACAAUAACAACGGUCACCAACGCCAUCAACGACGACGGGACGAUAGACGCAGCCGGUCUCGAUCAAGGGAUAGACGAGAUCGUGAUCGCCGAAGUCCUGUAAAACGGCGAUCGCCCAGUUCGCCUCCACCAAGGCGGAGGUCACCACUAAGGAGGGAGUCGCCCCGAAGAAGGUUAUCCGGCACUGGCAGUCCUAAAAGGAGAUCUCCAGAUGGACGCAGAAUGUCGCCCAUACGUCGUCGCUCGCCUGACGGUAGGAACAGAGGAACAAUAGGGACAGCACCAUCUCGCAGGCGCGGCCGAUCGCCUAGAGAUGACAUGUCCCCCGAUAUGCGCAGGAGGUCGCCCGAUGCGAGAAUCGCGUCACCGGAUUCAAGAAGGCGCCUUUCCGCUGAUAGGCGUCGAAUGUCACCAGACGGCAGAAGGCGAUCUCCUGAAGUUAGGAGAUCACCCGAACUCAAACGAAGGUCUCCGAAUCUGAGACGAAUGUCUCCGGAUGACAGAAGGAUAUCGCCUAAUAUUCGGAGGAGAUCCCCCGAACCGAGACGAAAUCUAUCUCCAGAAGGUCGAAGAAUGGCCAUUGAGAACAGAAGGAUGUCCCCAGAUACAAGGAGGCAUGUGUCAAAUGACGGAAAAAGGAGUCGUUCACCACGUCGCCUCGCUCAUUCUCCCAGACGGAAUUUUGUAGCCUCGCCACAGCGACGAAGCGGCAGUUCGCCAAGGCAUUACGGAACUGGUGGGCCUGAUCCAAAAAGGCGAAAAGGUUCCCACACACCCGACGAUGAACUAUACGAAAGAGUUCCCGUAGUACAAAGAGAGCGACGGGAAUUCAGCAGGGAGCAAAUCCAGAGACUGGAAAGACACCGCAGUGCUGACCACCGAGAGAGAGAUUCGAGUCCCCUAGCCCCUCCAGGAGUAAGCCCUACCCGUACACCCAGCCCUACAAUACCUAGGGAUGUGAGAGGCCCGGUUCGUGAAAGGGGUUCAGUGAGUUCGUCUCCGGUGGUCAAGAGGCAAUCGGUUGCUAAGAGUAGCUCAUCAGAAUCCGAAGAAUCUCCCGAGGAGGAGAGACGUAGAGAGAAAAAAGCCAAAAAGAAGAGCAAAAAACACAAGCAUAAGAAGGACAAGAAAAAGAAGAGUAGCAAAAAGGCGAAAAAGGCCAGGAAACAGAGCGAAUCCGACGAAGAAAAUUCGGAGUCCGACUCUGAAGGAGAUGAUUUUGAGGAGAAAGAACGUUUGUUACGGGAAAGGGCACUGCAGUCGAUGAAGAAUCGUGAGAAAGCGUUGGCUAAUCCUCGGACAGAAAAAAUCGAUAGCAGACAAAUGGCGGCACGGGCCGAUUCCGAUGAGAGUGACUGAAAAAACGAUGCAAAAUGGCCGACGCAGCAGCGAAGCUGACCAGUAUAAAUUGAUAGAAUGUGAACAAGACAGCAGGGAACAACUCUCUUUGUUGCUAAGGUUGGAUGACUGCGAUAAAAGAUCAUGAAGUACAUGAAUCGGCGGAACAAUUAAAAAAUAAAAUAUUCAUUAUGUCUCACC